AUGGCUGCUGAACAAAGGGAAGGCUCCUCCCCUCACACACAUGAAGCUGUAGUGGUGGGCACCCCUAAAGCCACAGUGAAGGGCACCCCUAACAACGCCAUAAAAGCAGCCAAUAGGAUUAAAAAAAGGGCCUUGUCUUCUGGCAAGAAGGUCCCACCUAUGAAGCUCAUAAUAACUAAGAAAAAGGUGAGGGAUGAUCAUUUUGAUGGCCCCUCCACAUCUGAUGGCAGGCCCUACAGGGCCCACCCUAAGAAGAAAAAGCGUGUAUCCCCAGGGCAGCUCGCUGCUGAGAGCGAUGCUUCACAGUCCAGUGGGGACGAUGUGCAGGAAUUACUGCGCCAGAACCGCAGCCUGCAGCGUCGCCUGGCCCGGGUUGAGGAGCGUUUAGAUAGGUCUAAGUCCCCUUGUCGACGGUCUUGUGAGGGUAGGCGUAGGCAUAGGUCACCUGUUUCGAGUUCACCAGACAACUCCUCCAGCCCUGAUUGGCGCAGAACAUGACGCAGGAAGAAGAGGUCAUACAGAUCAAGGAAGCAUGGGUGUAAGUGCAAGAGGAACACUUCAAAUUCUUCGGAUCUUUCAGGUACGUGUGAUUCCUGUGGCGAGUCGGAAGAACGCUGCAAGGGGUACUGGGUUACUACCCACAAGGCCUCUGGCCUUCCUAGUUGGAUAUGGGAACGUCGCACCCGGCGUCAUCGCUGCGCCUUUGGGGCCAGGGAGCCAUGUGGGGAGGAUGGGCUGGAUGCAAAAGGGAGGGUGCGGGCAUCAAACUUCAAGCACACGGAUCAGCCACCCGGCAUCCAGCUUAAAAAGAAUCUUCGCAAUCGCAUCCUAAAUGGGGAAUUUGUGGAUAUGUUUUCCCUGCUCUCCCCGGCUUCUUUUUGUAGUUCCAAGUUUAAGCCGGAAUCGUAUUGUAAGAGGGACAAGGCAGUGGAUGUUGCUAGAACAUUCGAUAAUUGGUUAACCGUUUACACAACUUACAUGGGGUUGGUGGCUGCUGCUUACCCCGACAAGGCCUGGCACUUGGCUAACUACCAAGGCAUUAUUUUAAAAGCCAGAAAAAUGGCGGGGGACUCUGCAGCUUUAGCGUAUGAUGGGAAGUUCCGUGAGAGGGCUGCUGAAGACCCCAAGGCACGUUGGGACAUUAAGGACAGUGACAUCUGGUCCGAAGUAGUGGCACCACACUUCGAAAAAAGGGCUUUGGGGGAGAAGUCAGGCAACCCCCCCUCCAAAGUACAGAGGGUGGCUACGUCAGCAUGCUGGGAGUUUAAUAAUGGGUUGUGCAGCAGGGACAGAUGUCGUUUCGACCAUGCUUGCAAGCGCUGUGGUCGUUCACACUCACGGACUAAGUGUUUGCGGGCUAAGCUUCCUUUUCACAGUUUUCAAAAGACAGGCUCGGGGAGUGGAUCCAGGGACACAAAGGGAGACUCAGGAGCAUACUUUGGCAUACCUUUGGCUGCUGAAAAGACCGAGGGCCCUUCUACGAUCCAUUCCUACUUGGGUAUUGAACUGGACACACAUCAGCAAUCUUCGCGCCUCCCGCAGACCGAGCUGGAAUCCUUAAAAGCGUUGCUGGAAGCAAUGCUGGGGGUUAAAAAGACCACCCUUCGCCAGCUUCAAUCCCUAUUGGGCCAUCUCAGUUUUGCAUGUCAGGUAAUUGUGCCAGGUCGUGCUUUCUGUACCCGUUUGGCACGGCUCACGGCCAGGGCGGUAGCCCCCCACCAUCACAUCAGGGUGACAAAGCAGAUAAAGGAUGAUGUGAAGAUUUGGCUCGCAUUCUUGCAGGAUUAUAAUGGGGUCUCAUUUUGGCAGAAAAGCCUUAACCCUGGGGUGGAGUUCCAGGUCCAUUCUGAUGCUUCUGGCUGCUAUGGUUUUGGCGUGUUCUUUAGGGGCCAUUGGUGUGCCCAACCAUGGCCAUCUUCUUGGCAUGUAGCAGGCAUCACUCGUGAUUUAACCUUCCUUGAGUUUUUCCCUAUUCUAGUCGACAUUCGCAUCUGGGGAACCCUCUUCUCGAAUUCUAGGGUCUGUUUCUGGUCUGACAAUCAAGCAGUGGUAAGAGUUAUAUCUAGGCAGUCAGCAAAGUCCGAUAGGGUCAUAAGAGUGCUGCGCCUGUUUGUGCUGGAGUGCCUGCGGCACCAUAUUUCCUUCACGGCCCGUUUCAUACCUGGUCUUAACAAUAACAUUGCUGAUGCAUUAUCUCGUUUCCAGGUGGAACGCUUCCACGAGCUGGCACCAGAUGCAGCCCAGAUCCCGGACACCUUCCCAGAUGAUCUGUGGGAGAUUGGAAGAGAGAAGUAAACCAGGGAGAAUUGUCAGUAUUAGCACCCUCCACUAGACGUUCUUAUUCCAGGGCCUGGGACACCUUCGGGCAUUUUCGUGGCUCCAUAGCACGGCACGCUUCCGAGGAGGAGGUGCUUCAAUUCCUGGUCUCCUAA